GGGUGGCCCGCUGCCGGGCGGGGUGCGGGGCGGGCUGGGGAGCUGGUGUGUGCAGUGUGGUUGUGGCUCUGGGCUCAUCAUGGAGGUAGUUGUUUGAUUAGUUAAUUCUGCGUCAUUUGCUGCCUGCAAUUAGCGAAGGGCAGAGGGCCACCCUCAUGUCCUACACGUGGGUAGAUGAACCAGCCACAGCUUUUAUCCGGGUAGGACCAUUAAUUGUAGAGAUGUGGCAAGGGAAGCUUUGGUGCAAGCGUGCUGACAGUGACUGAAGAUGUCUGGCUUGAUGGAUGAGUGGUGACCGUGUAUGUCCUGUUGUCACACCUGUUGGGCUGAAGCACCUCUGGAUAUGCCUGCGUAUGCUCUCCAUCACCUUCAGUUACUGGGUAGACCAGAAAUAUAAACAGUGCAGUUCUGGGGAAGCUUGAAGUAGCUUUCUGCUACUUCUGCACACUCAUUUCUGAAUUAUCAGUUUCUCUUGACAAUAAAUAUAAGUGAAAUUGAAAACUGCUUUUCGUAUUGCCUGCUUCCAACCACUGCCCCGACAGCUUUCAAAAAACAAGCUGCUUCUCUGAAUAUAAAAGUCCUCACUGAAAUAGCAAAUAACACAAAAAGAGUAAGUCAGGCAUCAUCGGAACAGGUGACUGACAGAAUUUCAUCAAGUAUGUCUGCAUAUACACAAACAGACACAUACCAGGAAAGACACGACUAUAAAAAAAAAGUUCAGAGCUCCCAGCUACUUUGCAAACAAUGUUCCCUUAAAUCACUUGAUGAAAUUUGCUAUACUUGUUAAGUUGCUAUGGCAUCUGAGCUCAUCCAACAACAUUUAACAGAUCUUUAUCUGUGGCUCACAAACCACACUGAGCAAAUUGAAAAUCCCCGGUUACACCGUCCUUUGUAUCAUUUCCUGUGAGAUAAGUCUGAAGAACAAACUUACGCAUACAGCGUGUCUGUGUACAGGCAGGCUCGCACAGCUCAUGAAGUAGGAUGACACCUGUCUGACAUAAUGCCUGGAGAGUGACAAACAUUGCAUGGAACACUCCAGUGCUUUUAUAAAUAAGAGUGGACUAGAACAAUGCUUUAAUGCUGAGAGAAGACUGGACAGUCACUUCAGAGAGAAGACAGCUGAUCAGAUAGUCUCUUUGCUGUGCACUGGGCAAAUAGCUGAGAUUGCACGUUCUUCCUUAACACCUGCAUUUUGUUGUUUUUGAUCUUUCCCUCCCUAGAGCUGAUGCCUGUUGGCCAAGGCCAGGAAGACAGGAGCACGGAGUUUAAAGGAACAUAAAUGCCUGCUAAGAUGGCACUGGCCAGUUCACUUUCUAGCAAACCAGUACCACCACGCUCCAGAAAAGUUUCUACAGCAGGGGUGGAAGUGCACCAGAGCAAGCUGGAUUUUUUCUGCAAGCUGGGCUAUGGUAAGCAGGACAUCUGCAAAGUGCUGGAGAACCUGGGCCAAGAGGCCCUGGAGGAUGAUGUGCUGAAAGAGCUGAUUCGGAUGGGGAGCAAACCUCAAGCUCUGGAGAGCCAGGCGCCGGCUUCCCCACUAAAACUUGUUGCCCGUGGAUCUUGUAGCACUACACCAGGGUUGAAGUGGCCUGGAGAAGAUGAAAGUGAUUCUUCCGAUUACUUGAGACCCAUUGUGAUUGAUGGCAGCAAUGUUGCAAUGAGUCAUGGAAACAAAGAGGUAUUCUCCUGCUGGGGGAUCCAGCUGGCGGUGGAUUGGUUUCGAGAGAGGGGGCACACGUACAUCAAGGUUUUUGUCCCACUCUGGAGAAAGGAGCCCUCUCGACAAGACAGUCCCAUUGCAGAUCAGCACAUUCUUGAAGAGCUUGAAAAGCAAUCGAUCCUUGUAUACACCCCAUCCCGGAAGGUGAAAGGCAAAAGGGUAGUUUGCUAUGAUGAUCGCUAUAUAGUGAAAGUUGCUUAUGAGAAAGAUGGAGUGAUUGUUUCCAAUGACCAUUACCGGGAUCUCCAGAAUGAAAACCCCGAGUGGAAAUGGUUUAUUGAGCAGAGACUACUCAUGUACUCCUUUGUCAGUAACAGGUUUAUGCCUCCUGAUGAUCCGUUAGGCCGGCAUGGACCCACACUUAAUAACUUCCUCAGCAAAAAGCCAGUGCUUCCUGAACCGAAAUGGCAGCCUUGCCCCUAUGGUAAAAAAUGCACCUAUGGCAAUAAAUGCAAAUUUUACCACCCGGAGAGACCACAUCAAGCUCAGCUCUCGGUUGCUGAUGAGCUCAGGGCCAAAAGAAGCCUGGGGAAAGAGGAGAAGCGUCACCUCUCACCGUACAGGACGGGCGGAGAUCCUGCACCCCGUGACGCCUGCACAGAAACGCUGCGAGAAGCCAGGGGUGGUUCCUGCUACCCAGGGUGGUGCCAGGGGAGCGGUCCUGAGCCUCCGGGAAGUGCCUGGGCCGGUGGCCCCGGCCCUGACCCGGGGCUGGCCCAGCGGCCGCUCCAGCCAGAGCCGCUGCCAGACCAGCCGCUGGCGGAGAUGUCAGCGCUGUCCAUCAGUGACAGCACCUACGGCUGCAACUGGUGCGUCCGUACCUCUCAGGACAGAGAGGUGCCGGGCAGCCCUCAUCGCUGCGGUGACCUCGGGCACAACCCCUACUCGCUUCGUCACCCCCACAGCUCGGACCCCACCGGCUUACCGGGAUGCCCCUUCCAGCACCGGGUGCUCCCGCCUGCGCAGGGUGGGAUGAACCCGGGCGACAGCUGGCCCCGGGAGGGCUGCAGCACGCACGGGACGGGGCGGAGGAGCCGCUACGUCCCUGAGGGUGCUCGGCACAAACAGGCCCUAGGGACUCAGCACCGCGUUUUGCUGCAGGCCGCCCCUCUUCCCCCUGACCCGCUGCGCUUGUACAGCGAGCAGCAGCUGCAGCACCAGCGCCGUUUCCCCGGCCGGCCCCCACGGCAGCCCGCGCUUUUAGACUCCAGCAACAGACUGGGCUUUGCUUACCCCAGUGCCCCUUACAGCGACUACUGGCCCACUCCAGCUGCAAGGCCACCCUCUGCCCAGCAAGCAGCCAUACACAGGGAGCUGUGCUCCCUUCUCCCUUAUGGCGAGGUGAACUAUGCCACGGCUUUGUACCCCGAUGUCAAGUAUAGCGCUAGCCUGACUUUACUGAAUCAAAGACACAGAAACUUGUGAAGCCUCCAGACUAAACCUUUCCCAACAAGCACAAGUCCUGGGUCAAAAAGGUGCUACUCUGAGUAGCUAAGUGUUAUUAAAGGGCUUUAUGGCAAGGGUCAUAGAUGUUCCAGGAGCACAAGUCUAAGCAUCGACCAGCUGUGUCGCAUGGGGUGCCAAAGGCUGCUGUUUACUGCAGCGGGAUCUCAUUAACCUCCCAUGGAAGCGAAGGGGAUGGCUCACGGUAACAGGACUCAGCAUCUGAACCUCACUGGUGACUGGGUUCAGGAUGGCAUAGAUCUUCAUUAAUGCCUCGAAACACUAGGCAUGUUUUUAAAGUGCUGACCUACUGUUCAACUACCGUAAAAGAACCACGGUCCCCAGUAAAGGUUUCUCCAUAAACUCCCCAUGACUAUUUGCUCAACUGGCAAAUAAAUUAAUCAGGCUUAUUUCCCCUAACACAGAGCUGUGCUCUCUGCUAGAAAGCAUCUUUGGGUCUGUCUUAUUGCCUGAUACAGGCCCAGCCCCAUAUCAGUGAGCUUUCAAAGACACAUCUCACGUUUAUAAAACGAUGCUGUGAACACAGUCACUCUCAGAGGCGGGGGAGGUACACCAGAGCACUUGAAGGUAGCUGCAGGUACCCUUCUCAGGGAUCAUGCACAAUGCAAGGCAAAUCAGGGAAGUCAUCUUCAAUGUAAGGCCCGAUGUGGACUGAGGCCGUGGGGGUUGUUAAUUCAAAAAAGAAGACACCCAGAUGCUGCCAUGAGGGAAAAAAAAAAAAAAACAACAACAAAAAAAGCAACUUUAAAGUAUCUGUUGUAUUAAACAAGAAAACUAUCGUUGACUUAACCCUUAAUUACAAAACAUAGUCCCAUAAUGCAAUUAUACAGCUGAUUUAUGAUUACAAACAUUUAAACUGUGUUCUGUUGGGACAUGUUUGAUGUUCAGUAAGCUGUAAAGCUGCUAAUCUCUGCAUUAUUCCACUGAAUUCUUCAGGUAAUAAUUCAAGUAUGAAGGUUGAUCCUGAAGGUUUUUGGCAUUAUACCAAAGUUUAAGUAUGUCAGUAUGACAUGUUUUAAAAAAGCUGUAACACAUUAUAAAAUGGUCAUCUAGAACACUUUGUUUUGAAUAGUCUUUUUUCUUCUGUUUAUUUUUUUUUCCAUUCCUCUUAGCACUGAUGCUUCAUCAAACUUCAACAUUCACAUGGGAUUUACAAACUCUCUGACCCUGCAGUAUCUCUGUUAGGUUCUUCUCUGAAGUGCAAUCAGUUAUGUUGGUCCCAGGCAGGAAUUAAACAUGGCCCUGACUGACAACUCUGAAUUCUCUUGUUUUUGAAAAGGUGACUAAAGAGUAAUAAUUUACCUUGAAGUGACAUUAGCACGUGAUGCAUUUUUUGAAAGUGGUGACAGUUUGACCUGUUUCACUCCGGAAAACACUAGCAGCUUUUUUGUGGUGGUGGUGUUGGUGUUUAAAGAAUCUUUAGGAAAUAAGUAUACUGUAUCAGUUCAGUCUCUUAUGGCCAUAUGUGGCUGGCUCCAAGAAACGCUAAUUUGGAGCUUGCAGGUAUGAUUUAUCUUCAGAGAACAUGACAGUUUUUUCGGUAUAUCAUGAAUUUUCCACUAAUUACAGCCAUAAUAUAUAUAACUAGAUCAGCAGAACGGCUUAUAAAUGUAUCCACUGCAUAUUACAUAAAGAUUGGAAAUGACAUUAAAACAAAACUAUGGAAUAAA